AUGGCGCAUCGCUCCCUCACAACCCCCGACUUGCACACUUAUCACACCACGGCGAGUACACCAAGCUUGCGGAGCAGGCAGCCGGUGAUCGAAGCGAUGGACCGGCCUUUCACCCCUCCAGAUGCCGAGGGUGGAAAUGUGAAGGUGGUGGUGAGGGUGAGGAAGUUUGUACGCCGAGAGCUGGACCAGCAGUCACCAUGCCUGGUGCAGAUGAAUCCGCACACCCAACAGACCACCCUGCAUCCCCCCGAAGAGUCGAGGUACAGCCGCAAACAGCUCGAGGAGAAGAGCUUCGCAUUCGACAAAUCAUUCUGGUCGCACGAUGAGAAAGAUGUGCAUUAUGCCCAGCAACACGACAUCUACGCCUCGUUUGGCGAGGAGUUUCUCGACCACAACUUUGACGGCUACCACACCUGCAUCUUCGCCUACGGGCAGACUGGCUCGGGCAAGUCGUAUACCAUGAUGGGUACGCCAGACCAGCCAGGCUUGAUCCCACGGACGUGCCGGGGCCUGUUUGAGAGGAUUGAAGAGGAGCAAAAUGGCAGUAUAACGUACAACGUUCACGUCUCCUACUUUGAAAUCUACAACGAGCACGUCAAAGACCUGUUGACCCCCCGGACCACGCCGCCGACCUACCUGAAGAUUCGAGAGAGCAAGAGCGAUGGGGUGUAUGUGCAGAACCUGAUCGACGAACCGGUGAAGUGCUACGAGGACAUUGAACGACUCAUGAAGAUGGGCGAUUUGAAUCGGACGACCGCCAGCACGAAAAUGAACGACACCAGCUCCCGAAGCCAUGCCGUGUUCACCCUGACGUUGAAGCAGAUCCAGCACGACAUCGCCACCGACAGCACGAUUGAGCGCCUGGCACGGAUGCGGCUGGUGGAUCUUGCAGGGUCGGAACGCGCGAAUCGCACAGAAGCCACAGGCCGACGGCUGAGGGAAGGGGGCAACAUCAAUCAGUCUCUUACCACCUUGGGCCGCGUGAUUGCAGCUCUGGCCGACCCCAAACGACAGAAGACCCUGCGCAUGAACGGUUUGCAGAACCAAUCGAAGCGUCGAGUGGAGGUCGUGCCCUACCGAGACUCCGUGCUCACCUGGCUCCUCAAGGACUCACUCGGAGGCAAUUCCAAGACGGCCAUGGUGGCAUGCAUCAGCCCGACGGACUACGAGGAGACGCUGUCCACGCUGCGUUACGCAGACCAAGCCAAACGAAUCCGCACCAAAGCGCACGUCAACCAAGAUGCCGUGUCGGCGGCGGAGCGAGAUGCGAAGAUCAUGGAAAUGGCAGAGACGAUCAAAGCCCUUCAGCUCUCCGUCAAUAACGCAGCGGCGCACAAGCGGGACGAAGCCGACCGAGCGCGAGACGAGCUGGAAGACUACCAGCGCCAGGUGUCGAAGAUGCAACGGGCCAUGGAGGAGUCCCGGGCGGUCUCAGAGGUCAAGAUCCGCGCGCUCACGCUGGAAGUGGAAGAGCUGAGACCACAGAAUGACAUGCUGCGAGUGGAGAUUGAGGCGCUGCGAAGGCACUUGGCGCUCGCGGUGGGAGAGCUGAAGAACCCCAUUGUCCUCCCGAGCGAUCUUGGACUCGUGGGCGACGACGACGAGGCUGAAGAGGCUCGGGAUGUGUGCGGCGAUGGCUCGGAUAGUGGAAUGGGCGAUGACAGUCGGUCGGUGUGCGAGGAUGAAGAUUGCUUUGGACAUGAUGAGUGGCAGGCGGAUGUGGAUGCGCUGUUGAAGGAUAUUGGGUUGUUCAAGCGCAAGGUGGCUGAUGAUAAGGAGAGGUUUCCACAUCCCCUGCGCUCGCCAAUGUCGAGUGAGGUUGGCUCGAGUCUGAGUCGGUGGUAG